AUGAAGUGGGUGUUUCCCACAAAGAAGUAUUGUGCUUGAGAAGGAAGAUCUCAUUUUCAUAAUUCAUAAAUGGGGUUUCUUGACCUUCUCCCUCAAUGCUUUACCUGUUCCCCUCCAACGCACAAACGCUUGCCCCUGCAGACAGUAAGUCUGAGGGUGAAAAUGGACUGCGAAGGUUGCGUCAAGAAAGUUAGGAAUGCCGUCGAAGGCUUGGGAGGGGUGGAGUCAGUGGAUAUAAACCAGAAGGAACAGAGGGUGACAGUGAGAGGGCACGUGGAUCGUAAAGAAGUAAUAAAGGAAGUGAAGAGCAGAGGGAAGAGCGCAGAGGCUUGGCCUUUUGUGGAUCAUGAGUUAGUCCCUUUCCCAUAUCAAGUUGGAGCUUAUGACAUCAAAGCUCCUAAUGGUUUUGUGAGGAAUGUGCCUCAAGCACUUGGAGAUCCCAAGUCCCCUGAGAUGAAGCUCAUGGUGCUCUUUAAUGAUGAUAACCCUAAUGCUUGUUCAAUCAUGUGAAAUUACAAAUGUUUAAUUUUUGAUGUAUUGUAUUGUAUGUAUUAUAAUAUGAGCCAUAUUGAUAGAAUGACUACUUUAAAUUAUAAAGAUAAUACAUCACAAAAAUAUAUUAAUGAUAAAACAAAACUUGCUAUUCCAGAU